CGAAGAUCGAAUCGGAUCGCGGGAACAAUUCGUUCGUCCAACGUCACGAGAACGGGGCUAGCCACGGCUGUCAACGUAGGGUCUUCUACCCUCUGCUGCGUCGAUAGAGCAACCCCUCGCGAGAACCAACCACCUGUCUCUCUGUUCACCGAGACGAAGGGGAAAGCGAGAUCGUCGCUGAUUCGAACGAUCGAUUUGCUAAGACGUAGCCGACACGUAAAAUGGUGGCGUCGCAAAAUGACGGUGGCAGAAGUAUGGGUGGCGGCGGUGGUGACGGUGGCGGCGGUGGCGGCGGUGAUGACACGGUUUACACGGUGACCGUGAGCGGGGUCGGUUACAGAAACGAAGGGUACAAGGACGACGGCACUGACGGCAUACCGCCGGAGCCGCAGAAGCCGCCGCAGCUUCCGGCGGCGGACGACGACACGCAAUCGAGGAAAUUCAAGUUGUCGCGUGGCGAGAAAUGGCGUAUCCUAAAGAACAUCGGUACCGUCUCGAUCGCCUUCAUGGUGCAGUUCACCGCGUUCCAGGGCACGGCGAAUCUGCAGUCGUCGAUCAACGCCAGCGACGGCCUUGGCACCGUCUCGCUCUCGGCCAUCUAUGCCGCCCUAGUGCUCUCGUGCAUCUUCGUGCCCACUUUCCUUAUCAAGAGGCUCACCGUCAAGUGGACCCUCUGCCUGUCCAUGCUGUGCUACGCGCCGUACAUCGGAUCACAGUUCUACCCCAAAUUCUACACCCUGGUGCCUGCCGGAGUACUUCUAGGUCUCGGCGCCGCGCCUAUGUGGGCCGCUAAGGCCACGUACCUGACGCAGGUUGGCGGCGUCUAUGCCAAGAUCACCGACCAGCCAGUCGACGCUAUCGUUGUACGGUUCUUCGGUUUCUUCUUCCUGGCGUGGCAGACGGCUGAGCUGUGGGGCAAUCUUAUCUCUUCGCUUGUAUUGAGCGAUGGCGGUAGUGAGAAUGGCAACAGCACAAUCAACAGCUGGGACAAAAUCAAGUUGUGCGGUGCGGAUUUCUGUGUCCUUGGCAACGGAGGCCACGAGAACCUGGAGCGACCACCGGAAUCGGAAAUCUACGAGAUCUCCGCGAUCUACCUCACGUGCGUCAUCGUCGCGGUCAUCAUCGUCGCUCUGUUCGUCGAUCCUCUCUCCAGGUACGGCGAGAAGCAACGACGAUCGGAUAGCCAAGAAUUGAGCGGCAUUCAAUUGCUCUCUGCCACAGCUUACCAGUUGAAGAAACCUUACCAGCAACUGUUGAUACCCAUCACGAUAUGGAUCGGCAUGGAGCAGGCUUUCAUCGGCGCCGAUUUCACGCAGGCAUACAUCUCCUGUGCCCUGGGCGUCCACAGGGUAGGCUACGUUAUGAUCUGCUUCGGAGUAGUCAAUGCCGGUUGUUCGUUGCUAUUCGGCUCGAUAAUGAAAUUCGUCGGCAGACAGCCGCUGAUGGCUCUCGGCGCCAUCGUUCACGCCUCUCUCGUGGUCGUCCUCCUCAUGUGGAAGCCUCACCCCGAGAAUCCUUAUGUCUUUUUCUCGGUAUCAGGCUUGUGGGGUGUGGGCGAUGCCGUCUGGCAGACGCAGGUUAACGGACUCUACGGCACGCUGUUCAGGCGCAACAAGGAGGCGGCCUUCUCGAAUUACAGGCUGUGGGAGAGCGCCGGCUUCGUGAUCGCCUACGCGUACAGCACGCAUCUUUGCGCUCGCAUGAAGCUGUAUGUGAUGCUGACGGUGUUGAUCAUCGGGACCAUCGGCUAUAUCAUCGUCGAGUUACUGCACAGACGCAAGCAACGACGACUCAAGGCAAUCGCUGAGGACCCGAAGGCUGCUCAGGCAGCCGCCGAGGCAAAUCAGCCGGAGGAGACCGACGACGAAAAGGACGAUCUCGACGACGAGAUCAUCAUCACACACCUGUGAGCGACAAUUCGCGCAGUCGAUAUAGUCGUUCCUCUUUAAAAGUCCUCGCGUCCGCUUUCUUGUUUCGUCGACGGGGGAAUCGAAACGACGGCCGGAAGAUCUGAUCGAUCGAUUUCGCGAGUACCCUCUCCUCCGCUAUAUCCACCGAGAUCUUCCGCCUGUCAUCCUCUCGUUUUUGCUUAUCAGUCCCUCUAUCCCGAGAUAGAGUCGCGCUAGGAUUAAUGAGCAGUUCGCGGUACUCUUCUCCGUCGACGACGCGGACGAGGAAAGCGUGCUUCCGGCGGCGGCAAAUCGACGCUGUCUUCGGAACGACGUGGAACCGCGUUUUGUCGCGGGAGGGUCAAGGUUGAAACGUGGCCUCAAGGGAACAAUGGGUAUGCUCGUGACUUCCACGAUGAAGUGGAGAUGUGUUGGGCGUCGAUUCCAUCUUGUAGAUGCUUCUCUUCAAAUGUGACGCGUCUCUCCAAGCUAAAAUCUGGCUUCCACCUUCCUCAGCGGGACCAGAACAAGUUGACGAUAGAUGAGCAAUAUACUUAUCAAUACUUGGUGAGGCGAGGAAACGCAUGGCGAUAUGAAAUUCGCUCCCAUGCUGUUGGGGACGUGGAACGUGCAUCGCCGCUGAUCGAAUCAACGCCAUCAUGACGAGGAAUCACCCUCAUCCUCGAUCCGCGGAUACGAGACCUUAUCAUCGCGUUUACGAAAAUAACGCGCGGCGCGGAGACAAAAAGUGCAUGCAUUUUGUUGCGCGUAGUUGUUGUGCAAGACGCGUAUUAAAAAAUGUGUCAAUCCUAGAACUAUUCAGUUUGUAUCACAUAUUUAUUGUAUACUGAGAUGUCCCGGCGAUCGUUUGUCAUCGCGUAUUGAGGAGAAAAAUUAAGGAACGCCAGAAGCAUUGUUGCCUUUAGAAUUCUUAAAAAUUAUUACAUUUCAAAAGAAACAUUAAAUGUUUCGAUGCAUUUCUCUUCGAUUCCGUAAUCUUGUUAAAUUAAACAGUUUGGUGUCCUAUUAGGCUCUUAAUAUCCAUUUCCAUCAAACAGAUUAACUUUGAUCUUGGUUUAACUUACUUUACUUUUCUAGAAAUUAAAAAAAACGAAGAAUAAGAUAAUUAUAGUUAAUCUACAUUAGUGUAAAUAGACAUAAAUUUUUAUUUGACAUUUGUGACGUUACGUACGAAAAAACGCACCGAUUUCGUCAAUGCGAUGAUCUUUACAAAUAUUGAUACGAAUUUUUUCAUUAUAAAAUAUAUAAUCAAUUAUAAUUUGUAAAGUUUAUCAUAUUUUGUAAAACAACAAGAACGCCUAUGAGACAUAUGUAUAGUUUGUAAACGAAAGUUGACAGGAGUUUUGACAAAAACUGGUCAUGUUUAUUCGUGGAUAAUAUUAUUUUUCUUUAAACUUUUAUAAUACUCUAAUGAAAAGAGACAAUCAUCACUUUCAAACAAUCAUCGUACGUCGGGAAACGACGUUCUUCGAUCGAAGGAAUGUCGUUAUCGGUCACGUUGACGGUUCCUCGCGUUCCUUUUCUUGCGAGAGAAGCACGUGAGAUAUCAAUGUGGGUUUGUAUGCGAAAACAGUAUUUCUCCUGCCAGGAAUAAACAAGUUUAAAUGAAUAGAAAUGAAUAGAGAUUCAUUCUUCGUAGAACUGAAUUUCUAAUCUUUCGUGACCUGCUUAUAUGCAAAUAAAUUUAUAUGUGAAUGAAAAUUCUUCUUUUACUCUAUUUUAUUUGGUGCAAGUGAAAACUUAUUUUAAUUAAACGGGAUUUAAAGAUUUUUCAUCGAUCCUAAUGCGAAACAAGUUUCUUCUUAUUUUAUAUUCAUUGAGUCAUCGCGAUUGAAAACUUCGAAGAACAGAACUUCGAAGAAUGGAUUUUCUAUCGGCACGACCUAUUUUCCGCGGAAAUCUUAUCGCGCGUCGUUUUUCGUUGAACUAGGCGGAAAAGGCGCAAGAAGCAGUUAAGUUACUAUAAACAUUGUAAACCGCUUGGAUGCAUUAUUCCGUCCUGUCGUAAUCCGUAACUCAAGAGUCUACGACGUAAACUUAGAAUACCGACUACGCAGUCCUAGCGAGAUCUGUUCUUGCGAGUCGUCGUGUUGAUAGAACGCCGAUUAUCUCUUCGAUUUAAAUUGAAAGCGCGAGAGUCUGCGAAACGUGAAUUCAAUUCGACGUUUCUCCACGCAUGGAGGAAAGAAUUAUGGAGAUUACGUCAUGCAUCGCGAAACGUUAUGCCUUAUUCCGUGAAAAGAGAUGAUCAGUACGUGAAAAUAUGAAAAACUCGUCGCGUCA